CGUGACGAACGUGGAUGAUUGCGCUAUUGUUACCGUUGUUUGCGGCGUGCUUCGCGGCUGCGGCUGCAAGCACGCCGCUGGUGCUAGUUGAUAGCUUGCAGAAUGCCUAUGUGCAGCCUGGGACAGCGCUGUCUCUGGACAAGUCAUCCGUGUCGGCUCUGGUGGCCGCGGCAACUGGUUUGAUGCCGGGCUCUGCGAUCGGUGCUGACCUCUCCCACGAGCUAUCUCAAAUCCUCAAGCCAAGCCCAUUGGUGAAGCCCAGGGCCUUCGUCGCUCUGAACGUCGCUGGUCUAACCACCGAUGUGCUGGGAGAGCUCUUUGCAAAUCGCCAGCACCGGACCGUGGAGCUGACAGGCAAUGGCUGCUCCGCCAUGGCCGUCAUCAAUGGCCUCAGCAGCGUGGCAGCGGCAAACCCGAGCGCAAAGCUGGUCGUGGUUGACCAACUGGGGGUGCAGAACUGCAAGGACGACUGCAUGAAGCAGCUCGUGGCCGGCGCCGUGGAGGACUGCCAAAUGGACAUGAGCAGCCUGGACCUCACGCAGCAGGAGGAAAAGCUCUUUUCCGUGGAGCUGGCCACCGUGUACUCUGGCAUUAAGGCCCAGCUUGCCGCCGUACAGAAGCGCUCAGAGCUGAAGGUGGCUCAGGAGGAGGUGGAGGUGUACGAGGUGUCCCUCAUGGGCCUCCGCGCGCUCAUCAACAAGUACGGCCAGGACUCGCCCGAGGUGUCCGCGGCCAAGGCAGCCGUCAUGCAGCUGCUGGAUUGGGCGGUGAACAGCCUGGACGCCGCCUAUGCCGGCGACAUCAUGUACCAGGUUCUGCCCCUGCAGAAGGCGCCCCAGCAGGCGGAGACCCUGUCGCAGCUGGCGGGCUGGAAGGACCGCACUCGGAGGCAGCUGCUGCAGGCUUCCUACCCCGGUACCGUGGACGAGGAGACCGCUGCCGCCAAGCUCUUCUCCGCCAAGGCUGCCGGCUACGGCUCCUUCGUGCUGCUGCUCUACUUCUCCGCGGCCGCCAUUUGGUGCAUGUGCAACAUGCCCUUCAAGCGGGACACCCUUCUGUACGGCAGCAAGAAGGAUCAAUAAGCAGAUCAAUAUGCAUUUGGGUGUAGCCCGGGUGGGCUGGGAUGUCAGCGUUUGGGGGUUUAGUAGGUAGGGCGGCACAUCGGUUCGGCGUGCCCGGGGUAGGUGUCGUGGGGCGGGAACAGGGUGGCUUGAGCUGUGGCUACGGGUAGGCUAUGACACACAGCAUGGUAUGUUAUGGUCUUUUAUAGACGUGGGUACAGGGAAAGGGGCUUUCUAACAUGAUUGCGUAUGGCUGCAUGGGAAGUGAAGGGGAACUAGAGGAUCGCGAUGGAGGUAGUUGUUACAGAGCUGAGGACAUAGCUGGUGUAUGGGUGGCUUCCGGGGGGGCGAUGUGUUGAAAGCGCUAUCAGACGCAGGCUGUAGAUCUGUUUUCAAAAUCUUCUGGGAGGUUUGUGUGCAUGGGCUGUCGUGUUUCCCGUACGUGUAGCCGCCAGUAGGGGGACCGGGGACUACUGCCUGACAUUACUUCUACUGCGUGCGUUUUGGGGGCCCUUUCAGGACACUCGUGUUUGGUGCUCAUACCUCGGGUCGUGGUCUUUGAACAUCUGUAACUGUGUUGGCGUUUUUGACGAGGAAAUAGUCUUUGGACACGCGCCUGGGUUACUGUGAGGCUCGGGUCUCCACUGGCU